AUGUCGUGGAUAGUUUCGGAAGAAAGAAGUUUGUCUCGAUGCUUCCACCAAUUACGAGAAUAUGCUGAACUCGAGAUUUCGUAUGCUACGCGUUUAGUACCCGAGGAUAGAGAUGACAUUUCUUUAGUCUGGUUUAACAAGCAAGGAUUUACUGGUGUACUGAAGGCAAAUAGCGACAAGAUAUCUACAGGCGCUAAUCUUGCGGAAGAACCAAACACUCACUCCCUUCUUUCUCGGAGCGAACGCGCUCUCGAUGAUGAGGACUGUCAUCACAGCGUCAGGCCAUAA